AUGGACAGAAUAAGUUACUUAUUGGUCAGCGAAUACAACAACAAUGAAGAGCAAAUAAAAAGGAUAAAAGUGUUUUCAAAGAUAAGGAAGAGAGCAGCAAUCAGAGAGACUCACUUUUCAGUGAAGACAUUGACUUCUAUGGAUUCAAGUGGAGAAGGGGACCGAAGUAAUCCAUCACAGACCUACAGUUCCAUGUCACCAGUACACAAAACAAAUCUUCUUGGUCAUGAGUCUGGGUCCAGCAUGCAUCUUUCUUAGAGGAGGGAAGAAAAUUGCCAGAUCGCUAGCAGAUGAUGAAAUACAAGAGUUGCGUGAGGCCUUUACGGAGUUUGAUAAGGACAAGGAUGGACUGAUCACCUGUAAAGAUCUGGGGAACCUGAUGAGGACAAUGGGAUACAUGCCCACAGAGAUGGAGCUUAUUGAACUCAGCCAGAACAUAAACAUGAAAUUGGGAGGGAGAGUGGCCUUUGAGGAUUUUGUGGAUCUGAUGGCCCCUAAGCUACUAGCUGAAACUGCGGGUAUGAUUGGACUAAAGGAGCUGAAAGACGCUUUUAAAGAGUUUGACAUGGAUGGUGAUGGAUCAAUUACCAUUGAUGAGUUAAGGCUUGCCAUGACAAAACUGUUGGGAUAUCAGGUCAACAGAAGAGAAAUUGAAGCAGUGAUCAGGGAGGCUGACAACAACGGAGAUGGCACAGUUGACUUUGAGGAGUUUGUAAAAAUGAUGUCACGGGAUUGAAUAACAGAAGAUGAAAGAUUGGAAACAUGGAAGGCAUUCCUUUGUGAGAAUCAAAUAUUCUCAAUAUGUAUAUUGAAUUUUGUAUGUGUCCGAUCAAUGUACAGCAUGACCCUUAAAAUGUAGGUAUAACACUUCUUUACUGCUGGUAUUUCUGGUAUUACCAUGGUAUGGACAAGGUAUGGUAUAGAACUUCUCCUAGGUAGUUCCUGUAUAUAAAUGAGAAUGUAUUCUCAGUUAAUUCAACUGGUAAAAUAAGAAGGAAAUUAUAGGGAUGAAUGAGACAGUAAAGUAGAUGCUGUAUAUACAUAAACAACAUUUGGCAUAAUCUGUCUUUCAAUGGUAGGAUUACAUCAAUCUCUGUAAUCUCCCUCAUGGGGCUUUCAGUUGAGCAGAUGGUGCGAAAUGUCUCCAGACUCUCCAGUUUUUGGAAUAAAAUAAACCACACUGGGCAAGUCACAGAAAUAGAAAAAGGAGUGAUCAAAUGCACUUUAGGGACAUGUGUGUUUAUAUUGUGUGUGAUUCUUCAGAGAUAUUUUUGUUAAAAUUAGGAGUUACAGAAAAAAACAAUCCUGUUUCCAGAAAUGUUGGGAAGA